AUAAAAUGAGACGGAUUGUGUCGUAAGCAAAAGCAGUUUUACAUGUUUGAAAAUGUAGAUCGUCUAGGUUGAAAUGGGAAGGAGAUAUGAGCAAGCAAAAGAAAGCAAAAUGUGUGUCUAAGAAGCUUAAACGUCUUGAUGAUAAGAGAUGUUUAUAAUGAUCUCGUAGCUAAAGGACAGCUUAUUCCUAAACCUGAUAAAACUCCACCUACAGUCCCAAUGGAUUACAGCUGGGCACAGGAGCUCGGUCUUAUUCGAAAGCCCUCGUCAUUCAUGUCAAGCAUUUGUGACGAACGUGGAGCUGAAUUACUCUAUGCUGGCGUACCUAUUACAAAAAUAUUUGAGGAUGACCUUGGAGUCGGAGGAGUUCUUGGACUUUUGUGGUUUCAAAGGAGGCUUCCAGCGUACGCCUGUAAAUUCCUAGAAAUGUGUUUGAUGAUUACCGCUGACCAUGGACCUGGGUGAUCGAUUUGGAGGUGCAUUGGACGCUGCUGCCAAACAAUUUUCUGAAGGAUCUGAUAGUGCAAUAACGCCAAUGGAAUUUGUAAACAAUUACAAAGAGUCUGGAAAACUGAUCAUGGGAAUUGGUCAUCGAGUGAAAUCGAUAAAUAAUCCUGACAAACGUGUUGUAAUAAUCAAGGAAUUUGCAUUAGCUAAUUUCCCCAUGAACGAAGUCUUGAAUUUUGCUCUGAGCGUCGAGAAAGUCACUACGUCUAAGUAAAAAGAUUCAAGAGCUACGAAGAGCUGAAAAGGAUGAAAGUAAAGCAGACCCUUGGACGGAGUAUCAAAACGUUUUAGAAAUGAUGGCUGAGGAAGAUCGGUGGUUCAAUUUUGCAGCUCGUGCUGUCGAAACAAUCAAUCGCGAACAUGUCUGGAAUGGAAUAUGUGAAGCCUUUAAGUUUCUAAAGUACAGUGGACCUUCGAAUUCUCACAAGACAUAUUUUGACAAACUGUUUAGUGUUACUUGGGUAGAACUAAUGUUAAUGUACACGGAGACAAAACGUCCUCCUUUUUAUCAACAUCUCUUUGACUAUGCUGAUUGUAGUUGUAAACUGAAAUACAGAUCAACUAUGUAAUUGCUUUGACAAAAAAAUAAAAUAUAAAUUUCAACGUUA